AGCAACAUGGAAAGAGGAAACCAAACUGUCAUCUCAGAGUUCCUCCUCCUUGGUUUUCCCAUUGAACCAGAUCAGCAAGAACUACUUUAUGCUCUUUUCCUGACCAUGUAUCUUAUCACUGUCCUGGGAAACCUCUUUAUAAUCAUCCUCAUUGGCCUGGAUUCCCACCUUCACACUCCUAUGUAUUUAUUUCUCAGCAAUUUGUCUUUCUCUGAUCUCUGCUUUUCCUCUGUGACCAUUCCUAAAUUGUUACAGAACAUGCAGAGCCAAGUCCCAUCUAUCCCCUAUGCAGGCUGCCUGACUCAAAUGUACUUCUUCCUGCUGUUUGCUGAUCUAGAGAGCUUUCUGCUUGUGGUCAUGGCCUAUGACCGCUAUGUGGCCAUCUGCUUUCCCCUGCACUACAGGAGCAUCAUGAGCCCCAAGCUCUGUUUCUUCCUAAUGGGUCUGUCCUGGGUUCUGACCACAGUCAUCUCUUCGUUGCACACACUGCUUAUGGCUCGACUGUCUUUCUGUGCUGAUAAUGUGAUACCCCACUUUUUCUGUGACAUAUCCGCUUUGCUAAAGUUGGCCUGCUAUGACAUUCAGAUAAAUGAAAUGGUGAUAUUUAUCUUGGGAGGACUUGUCAUUAUUGUUCCAUUCCUGUUGAUCUUUUCAUCCUAUGCACGAAUUGUAUCUGUCAUUCUCAAGGGCUCUUCUGGCAGAGGCAUCCACAAGGCCUUCUCCACCUGUGGGUCCCACCUCUCCGUGGUGUCACUCUUCUAUGGGACAAUCAUUGGCCUCUACUUGUGUCCUUCAACUAACAAUUCUACUGUGAAGGAUACUGUCAUGGCUGUGAUGUACAUGGUGGUGACGCCUAUGCUGAACCCCUUUAUUUACAGCUUGAGGAAUCAGGACGUAAAGGGAGCUAUGGGAAGGAUCUUUUCAAAAUGA